CAAACUGACAAUAACUAUACUAACCAAUUGAGUGAAAAUUGUCAUGUCUGUUCGGAUAAUAUCUAACUUCCUGACCGACACCCACCAAUUAGUUAGAUUAAAACAUAAAUUAAAUAUUUAUACUGCAGACAAAGAUAAAUGGUUUACCUCGUCAGCACCAUACUCCAUAGAACUAGUUGCAAUUGGCAGUAUGUUCGUGUUCUCUAAAAUAUUCGGAAAGAUAUUCUUCCAUGUUUGUCAAUUUAUCGGUGUAAUUCCAUUUGAUUUUGAUUUCAAUUCUUGCACUGCAAAAAUUUCCAAUUUUUGGCGAAGUUACACGGCCGUGAUAUUAAUUAUAAUCACAGUAUUCACUCCGGGAAGUACAAGUAGCAUUACCAGCAAAAUGGAUUUCUUAAAACGACAACGGAUCAUGUAUUUCGUUGGAUCCAAUCGAUGUCUUGUUCUUCAUUUAUGUGCGAUAUUAAACACUCUUAUUCAGCUGGUAAAGGACCGUACUUUUAUAUAUUGCUGCAAUGAAUGUAUUCGUAUUUUUGAUUCCUUGCGUGCAAUUUCGAUUGACAAAUCUGAUAUAGUUGCGUCUUUCGACAAAAGUGUUAUGCUUCGAAUAUUGGUUAAACUCAUCACAUUAGGGCCAUUGACGUAUACAACUGGGUUCUAUAUUGUGUACGAUAAAGCCUUGGAUGAUACUCGGUUUCUAUUUGCUCUAUUCUCACAAUACCUUUGUCAAUUGAUGAUAUAUAUGACAGUGAAUAUAUUGUAUGGUUCUACGUUAGUACUCACAACUUUCGCAUGCCAUUUGAAUCGAAGCUUGAAGAAGACUUUUGAAGAUAUCAGAGUUUUGAAAAGGCAACCGGAACGAUCAAACUCCUUUAAGAUGAAAAAGUACUGUCAGUACGCUGAUGCCUUGGAUAGAAUAAUUAAAAUCUAUAAGAAAGUUGCGGUUUUGACUAGACUUGUGAAUAAGCAACAUCAGAUUCAGAUAUUUUGCUUUUUGAUUUAUAUUUCAAUAGAGUGUAUCGUUCAAUGCUAUAUAAUGUACUUCGUUUACACUCAUCUACCUGGCCCGCAUCACAUCGAUUGGAGACUUUUCAUUUAUAUUAGUUCAUUAAUUUUAGAAUUAUAUGUGUUCAUAAAUGCUGGUGAACGCUUGACAAAUGUUUUUGAAGAAACAAAAUGGAUUGUUCGAAUGGGUGCAGAAAUUGGAAGAGUCGAUGAAAGAUUGGAAAGAAUGUUAGAACAGUUUUCAAUUUAUUUGGACAGUGCUGAUAGAUUGAAAUAUUCUGCGUGUGGUUUACUCGAUUUGGAUAAUCGAUGCUUUAUGAUGAUUGGUCAGUGUUUGCUUACGUCUUUGUUAAUUUUGGUACAGUUUGAUAAAAUACUGAAAUACUAGUUGGGUAAGUAAAGUUUAGUUUUUAUUUUUUACUAUGCAUAAUUUUCAUUUAUUUAUUUUAGGAACAUCGCCGAAAUAUAAAAAAAAACUUUGGAAAAGAAACUAAACAAAAUUAAAAAUGAAAAUAUUUUAUAGUAUUUAAUAAGAAGAAGGACUGACUUGAAACACCACAUUGGUUACGAGCUAUAUUUCAUCAUCGCAUGAUUGUUUCCACAUAUUUAUUAUUAUUAAGAUUUACAGAAAAAUGCAUAAGGCAAUAUUUGUAGAUAAUUUUAUGACGAACAAAUUUUCCAUACACCCCUAUUGACCUCCGAGCAACAGGUCACGAGAUAUACAUAUGCGAAAAACUGAUUUUCGUGACCUUUUGACCUCUAUAACUUCUAACGCGGACGCUAUAUCAAUGUCGAUUUUUCACAUCUUCAUAACAACGCCGUAAAGAAGGUCUAUACCAAAAUCGAGCCCAGUAGGAAUUUUUCCGCAGAUAAAACCUAAAAUUACUGGACUAUAUUUGCAA